GUGAGCUGUUUGACGGUUUCCAUGGCAAUCUGAAGCUCCUGUCAAUUAAGCACCGCCGCUCAGCACGGAAGUUUAGCAUCGAUGCUAAGUCUCCGCGUUUGACUCCCGAAAUCAGUCUUAACCAGAGGACACUGAGGAUUUGUGCGUCUCUAGCGUGCUGCUGGGUGGAUACUGGAUACUUGUCUUCAGCUAUAGGCAAUGGCUGACAGAGGCCAUGGCAGAGCAAACAGAGACGCAGAGGACACAGAUGAGCUUCUUUACACAGAUCUUCACAGCAGUGUGUCUGGAGUGGACUCUCCUCCUCUCAAACUGGACCACUGUGACCUUCUCCUAGAUGCUAUUGAUGCUCAGCUUGGUCAGCUGCAGGUCCAGCCCCAGAAACAUCAGGCAAUUUCUAGAGAGCAUGAUCGCAGUGAUGCAGCUCCUCUCAACUUGAGUCAAUCGCUGAGCAAAGACACAGGGCUUGGGAGUACUACUCAAACAAAUGACACUCCUACUUCUUGUCUUGAUUUGAUGUACACUCACUCACACACAAUGGAGCAAACAGCAGAGAGUAGCACAAGCUGCCAGGCUGGUCUCAUUACUCAUGAGGAAACUAAACUGAGGUUAGACAGAAGGACAAGAGUCAAAGAGGAAAUAGAGACUCAGAGGGAGCAGGUGAUGUGGAGGCUCCAGAGGCUGCUUGGAGACACCUGUAACGAGGGAAGGAUGACAGGAGUAACCCUCCCUACUUCAGACAGCAUCUGCACUGAGGACUUUGUCAGAUGCUUCAGAGAUGAAAUGGUCGAGUUGACAUUGCCAGUGAGUAAUGUGCAGCAACUUGACGAAGAGGCUGAGAGGACAGAGAUACUAGACUGGGAUACUUCCCCGGGUGAACAAAAAGGACACAGUAUGCUUAAUGUCGACAGAAAAGGAACAAUGACUGGGGAAAGCAAGAAAGAAAAAAACACAGAGACAGCUCACUAUUGUCAAAGAAAGGAACUGGAGAAAUGUGUUUAUGACAGCUACGGAGUUGGUACAUCAUGUGGUGAGCAAGCAGGAGCUGGAGGGACAAACAGCACACCACAUAGGCUUGGGGAUGAUGGCAGUUGCAUCCACAGAACAGACGUUACAGAACAUGAAACCAUGCGGCAGAGCAGCACUUCUCCUAAGACCAGGAGCUUGGCAGGAUGGCGCUCUCUCAUACAGUCUGUCACGGCCAUGGAUGACUACUGCACCGACCAGAGUGACUACGCCACACCCACACCAGAAGAAAGCAAACCUCCAUCUACAUCAGGCCAAAAAUCAUCUUAUGGAAACGUACAUAACCAAAAACCUGCUCUCCGUAAAGCAGAGCGCAACAAGAGAGAGACUUACAGACUUGUGUGUUCUUUGGAGGACAAUGACAACGACACAGAUGAGGAAAUGAAUCACUGGAGCAGUAGGUGCCGGCCUGAGAGGACGUCAGAGAAGAUGCACUCUGAUUGGGCAAAGAUGAAAAUGCGCCUCUCUACACUCCGACAAAAUUGUGAGGAGGAGGAGCAGACACUCCAGGACAAGAAGACUCAGUUAAAAGAUGUUGAGCUCUGCCUUUCUGAACUUCAACAGAGAAGAAAGCAUGCUUUGCAGGAAUUAGAGAAACUGACUGUAGAGACAGCAAAAAUGGAGAAGGAGAAGAGGACUCUGGAGUUGGUUCUGAGAGACAGCAGGGCAGAGAAAGACUCUGUUAGUUGCCAGCUGCAUGAGCUGCAGAGACAGAGAGAGUCCUGCAUCCUCGAGGUAAGAGACGUGAAAGAAGAACUCGCAACUCUGAGUCAAAGUAAACAGACUCUGAAGGAUUCAGUCUUCGCGGAGAGGCCCAGUGUCGUCAUGUCAGUGCUGGAGAGAGAGGAGAUGGAAAGACAGCUGGACAAUGCCAAAACAGAACUGUUUGCUGAACAGCGACGUGCAAGAGAGAAGCAGGAGUCCUUGCAAGAAAAGUUGGAGGAGACUCGUGAGGAGCUCCAGAGGGUCACAGAGGCGGAGAGCUUACUCAGGAACAGCUGUGCUCAUCUGGAGGAGGAACAGAGGCAGAAAAAGGAUCACAUCGAGGCGGUAGAGUUUCAAGUAAGCAAGCUGCAGGGUGAACUGGGAGAAUGCAAGAUCAGAGUGGGUACUCAAGAGAAGAUGUUGGCCCAGAAGGAGCUGCAGCUACUAGAUUUACAGGAACAACGUGGGGCCUUACAAGCAGAAAGUGAUGGACUGAAGGGGGAGCUACAACGCCUGAAAACCCAGCACUGCAAUGCACAGAAAGAGGCCCAUGAACAAGCUCAUAGAAUGAUGCAAGCAGCAUUAAAGCAGCAAAAGAAAGAAUUGGCAAUUGCUCAUGAGCAGCAAAUGCAAAAGGUUAAUAAGCAGACUAAAGAGGAAAAGGCAAACACUUUGAAAGAACAAGCUCUGUCUCACACACGACACAUUGAGGCCUUGAAAAAUUCCAUCCAGCUAAAAGAAGAAGAGGCAAAGAAGCUGAGGGAUUCUCUGGAGCAGCAAAAGCAGGAGGCAAAGAACCGGGAAGAAGAGCUGCAUGUAUACGCUUUGGAAAAGAGAGUGCAGGAGAUGGAGAGUGAAAGCUGUGCGCAGCAGAGAGAGCAGGAGUCUUUGCUGGCUGUUAUUUGCAAAUUGCUAAAAGAGGAGCAUCAGGCUGAGCAGAAGAAGCUGCAGAGACAGAUGGCACAGGAGAGUCAGAGGGCAGUGCUGCGGCUCGAGCAGGCUGUUCAGCUGGCGGAGAAAGAGGCCGACAGGCUCCGGGUGAUGCUUGAAGAAAGGGAGAGGAGCCAUAACCAAAUCACAGCUGAACUGGACCAGCAGCUCAGGCACUGGGCCAAGGAGCUGGCAGCAGAGUGCCAACAUCUACACCUCUUAGUGGAGCAGAGUGGAGCCAAACAAAGUUCUGUGCACCUCACUCCCAGUCCUACAGCAGCUGAGGCUCUAACAAACCUGAGGACACUAAGAGAGAAGUUGAAGCAAUUGAUUAACCAUCUACAACGGGAGCUUGAUUCACAGAAACAAACCACCGAGCAGCUGAGAGAAGACAAGGAGCGCGAAUUGAGCAUCCAGAGGCAACAGCUGAGGAUGAACAGAGACCAAGCCUUGGAUUCUCUAAAGGAGCGUCUCAUUCAGGAGCACAUUGACGAGUUAAGCAGUCUGAACUGGCAUCAUAUGUGUGAUGGAGGGGCUGAGGGAGGAGGAGUGGCGGCAUCACUUCGCAAACAGCUGAAGGCCAAAGACUUGGAACUCAGGCAGGUUCAGAGGAGCAUGGGUCAGUGGAAGGAACAGACUGCAGCGCGUCUGGCAUGCAAGUUUGAAGAAGAGUUGACAGCGGAACUAGAAAGGUGCAAGACAAAGUUGUUAAGGUGCAGAAAACCAUCAAAGACUCAAGAGGAGAGUCAGAGAAAGUGUGAGAGGCCUGAAGGAAAGAUGGUGUUUAGUGCAAAGGAAGCUCAGAAUUCGGUUUGCUCUGCCUCCUUCCAUGUUGUGGCCUCUGCUGCCUCCCACAGCCCCUCAGACGUGGCUUCAUUUAAGCUUCUACGUUACCUCCAGAGCAGAGUCAAGCAGCUCCGCGUAGAGAACCAGGCCUACACCCAGAGCCUACACUCAGAGCCUGCAAAUACAAGCCCUUUAGAUUUGGCCGGAUCCUAUCUUACAACAAUCACUCAAGGUCAAGACGUUACUGGGAUUCAGAGUCACUCAUCAGUCAGGACAGUCUCAAGUUAAGGACAGGCAACCUGUGUGUGUUGCAAACACCAGUAAUAUAAUGUAAUGCCUUUCAAGCUAUUUUCUGUGGCCAUAGAAAUGAAUCAUUUACGGUUACGUGUACUCAGGAGGGCAGGUUAACAAGCAGGUCACAGUGACAAAUUACACAACCCAAGAUUUGGUCAUUUAGUUCACAUUUUUUCUGUGUUAAGGCAGUUAAAUUUUACAGCUUCAGCUUACAAUAACCUGUGAAUAGGCGAUAAACUGACAUUUCACCAAAGACCAUGUGAGUUGUGUGAGAACCUCAUAAAGCAGACAGGUCUUUAUGGGAAAACUGUGUCUGAUCAUAAAAGAUGUUAAAUUGUACCAAAAAAAGAUUUUGUAGAUAUCUAGCAAGUUCAAACUAAAUUAUGUCAUUAGCAUUUAAUAUAACGACUUAACUGACUUUGUGAAAAUGUUUUGUCUUAAUGUAAAAUAAUCCACUGGGACUGACGUCACCUUUUUAAAAGACGGUUUCCCUAUAAUCAUUUGUUAGCCAUGCUUCUGUUUUACAAGGUGUUUCAGCAGGCUGGAGGAGUUGUGUUGUUGGAUCUCCCUGUGAGAUCAAAAAUGUUUAAGAAUGUAGGACCAGCACCUGUUUAAAAAACUAUUUGCCAAAUCAUAAUUGUCAGCAUCCGUCUUGUAAUCGGAGCUGGCCCCAACUGAACUGAUAAAUAUAAAUCAUCCUUAAUUAGAACAAUGACAUGGCUCUAAUUUACUUAAAACAGUUAAUCAUUUAAUUUUGAUAGACAAAUUGGAAGUUGUUUUUAAUAACCUAAUAGUUCAUGGAUUAAAACCAUACUUAGCUAAUUUUUUGUCAAAGUAUAUGUAUGCAUAUGGUCACUUCCACAGGGUUAGUCCUGGACCCCUUCUCUUCCUGAGGUGAAGAGAACACAAUGAUUACACUGUUCACCAAACAAGACGAUUGCUUUCACUUCACUGAAGUAAGAUUGUGUCCAACUAUGCCAUGCAGAAUCUCUACAUGGACAAAGUAAGAGUUUAUUUAAAACAAAUAAAAAACUUGAACACAUGAUAACUCGUUGCAAUUCUGGUAAUUUAUUUAUGAAAAUACAAUCAAAUCAUAAAAAAAUGUGCAUUUCCACGACUUCUUUACGAAUUUCUCAGAGCUCACAGAUGGAAUACUCGCUUAGCACUAUAGGAAGAUAAACAUCUAUCACAACAAGAACAAAAGCAAGCAGGAAGCUGUGCACAAAUGUGAACAAACAGGAAUAUUUAGUGUCCUGGUAAUGCUAUCCAGAAGCUUAACAUAAAAACUGUACAAAAUUCAGAUGCUGCACACUGAUGUUUAACAAAGAAUAAAGUCAUAUUAACCCUUGUGUUGUCCUCCAGGUCAGAAAAUGGACAAAAAUUUAACAUUGGAAUGAAAGUGAUCAAUUGUAUUUGCAGGAGCGUUGUAUGGAAUCCAAUCAAUUUUUUGUGGUAAUUGGUUAAAAAGAAACCCAUUUUUCAGAUAUAGACAUUUUUUUAAAGGGGUCAAAUUUGACCUGAGGACAACAGGAGGGUUAACAGUACACCAGUGAGUUGUUGGUCAGGCUUUGGCCAAAAUAUGUACAAAUUAUCUUAUUUCUAAUGGCAAAGGUUAAUUCUGUAAUUUAUAUCAAAUUGGUUAUGUAAGGCCGUCUUUAGAACUUUUCAAAGUUUUGAGAUCAUGACAGGUGUCUUAGAGAUUUAAAUAAAUAAUACUCAUUAAGUCAGCGUUAUUGUUACAUAGUUGUAUGUGAUUAUAUUGAGAAAAAAACUAAACUGAGUGACUGUAAAGCAAAAGAUGUGUUGCACAACUAUC